UGUCGUUUUGGGAAAUAUUUCACCUCCUUUAUCGAUUGCUGCUUCUUGCUGCUAAAAUUUCAAGGCCAAAAUAUAUUUUAUUUAUUUAUUUAUUUUUAUUUUAAAAAGCGCUAUCGAGUGUACUGUGGGCUGUGCAAAGCGACAGAUAAAAGAGAAAAAAUGAAACUGAAAAAUAAAGGGCUAAAGCCUGAACCUGAAAGCUUUUCUUCAAUGAAUUCAACCAGAUCUACCCAAUAAUACAAUACAAAAUAACUAGUUGCUCAUUUCCGUCCAGUUUUGCACGGAUUCAAUCCAUAUUUUGUAGAUGCAUCUGAUAAAAGGAUGGCAGUAGCGGAAGCAAGGGCUGCAUGGCAAAGAACAGCUAAUCGUUGUUUUGUCCAAGAAGAUGCCAAAAGAGCGCCCAAGUUAGCUUGCUGCCAGUCAUCAUCUUCAUCAUCUAAACAGGUUGAUGGUGGACCAACAAAUGCAGCAGAAAUGCCAGAGAAUUCUGCUGUAGGUUUCAUGCCUUUCCACAGGAAUGCCUCGUAUUCCAGCCUACCCCCUGAUACAAGAUGGUGGCUUCAGCUGCAACCUAGUUAUGGAUACCAAAAGGGUUUUACGUAUGAACAGCUAGAUAAAUUAGAGAAUGAGGUGGAAAUUUUGAGAGCUGAAUUUGUAAACGCGCCCUCUAUAAUUGAUGAGAUCCGGCCUCAUGAUGACAGAGGCAGCACUCGUUUUGAUGGCAAUAAGAAAUAUGAGCCUUCCUUUGAUCCACAUUUUAGGAUCUCGGCUGAUUAUAGGAACAGAGAUCCUAAUGUUAAGAACCAAGAGGCAGGGGUUCUAUAUGAUAAGAAUGCCCAAGAAUUUAUUGAACCCAAGGACACAAAAGAAAACUCCAAAUUGAUGGAUUUGGAUCCAUUUGAAUGUUUGAGACCGCAAAAGAGUGAUGACUAUUGUUUUGAUUCAGAAUCACCUUUUAGUGGGAGUGAAAAGAGUGUACCAUGGUGGCGCACAACAGAUAAAGAUGACUUAGCCUCCUUGGUUGCACAGAAGUCUGUUGAUUAUAUUGCAAAUUGUGACCUUCCCCCACCUCAGAAGCUGCAUCUUAGGAGAUACCCACAUGGCCGUCCCGGAGCUUCUGAUCAUGAUGAUUCGAUAGCUUUAUCUUUGGAUGGGAAGGCACAGAGUGGUUGUAUCUCUAGCCCGUUAGUUCAUGCACAUGGCUGUCCCAGUUCUGAAAGCAUGCACGGAAGACACAGGGCUUCAGUUGAAGGUCACUUACAAAGUGGUUUAAACAAGCCAUUCAGCUCUAUCGCAACUCAUAAAGAAAUGAUAGAAAUUGGACAAGUUCCGGAGGGUGACCCUUGCAAGGCUCAACUAUUGGAAGCACUCCGUCAUUCUCAAACACGAGCCAGGGAAGCAGAGAAGGUGGCAAAGCAAGCCUGUGCUGAGAGGGAACACAUCAUUAAGCUCUUUUUCAGACAGGCCUCGCAACUUUUUGCAUACAAGCAAUGGUUCCACCUGCUACAGCUUGAAAGCCUUUACUACCAGGUGAAGAAUGGUGGACAGCCAAUGUCUACUCUGUUCCCUGUGGCGCUUCCUUGGAUGCCUCAGAAAGGUAGGAAAAUGCGGAAGAGCUGGCAGAAGUCGACAAGGGGGAAACGUGGGAAGCGCGGACGACCGAGUCAUGACAUUAGCAAGUAUGCUGUUGCACUUGCAUUGGGAUUGGGUCUUGUUGGUGCCGGGUUACUUCUGGGAUGGACAGUAGGGUGGAUGUUGCCUAUUUGAGUUUCAACUAAAGUUUCGUGCAUAUGAAAAUAUAUUUAUGAGGGAAAAGGGCUGGGGUUUAUUUUAUUUUCAUAUCUAUGUUCUUAGCGUCUCAGUUUCUUUCUUUUUUUUUUUUUUUUUGUAUUUUGGUGGUUGUAUAUCCCGCUGUAUUUGUAUUGCUUGUGCACAAAUGAUGGGAGGGGUUGUUCAUGUGAAUAUGGUGGGGGUAGAUUUUCAAUCAAUGAAAAUCUCAUCAUUUGGUGAUACUACUGUAUGUAUAUAUGUAUGAUUUAAUCUUAGUUUCAUAAUUUCCUGUUUGGAAAAUCCAAUGAUGCAUUAUGAA